AUGCGGUCUUCCCUCGCGCUCUCCGCGGUCCCGCUGCUGCUGGCCGGCCUGCAGGCUGCGACUGUGGGCGCGAUCCCAACCAUUUCGGCCGUGGGAUCCAAAUUCUUUUACGAGAAUGGCACCCAGUACUAUCUCAAGGGUGUCGCCUAUCAAUUGACUCCCGACGAUCCGCUAAUCGACACCGCUCAGUGCGAGCGGGAUAUCGUGCGCAUGUCCGAGUUGGGCGCCAACGCCAUCCGCGUGUACCACGUCGAUCCCCAAGGCGACCACAAGGGCUGCAUGUCGGCCUUUGCGGACGCGGGCAUCUAUCUCUUCGUCGAUCUCGACACCUUCACGACCCAGAUCGAACAGACAUCCCCUCACUGGAACGAGACCCAGCUCGACCGCUUCAAGGAGGUCUUCGAUGAGUUCCAGCAGUUCGACAAUACGGCCGGUGUCUUUGUCGGUAACGAAGUACUGACUACUGCGAAUGGCUCCCACGCUGCUCCCUACGUUCUGGCCGCCGCCCGCGACGUCAAGGCGUACCGCGACCAGAAGGGCUACCGUGCCAUCCCCGUCGGAUAUUCUGCUGCAGACAUCGCUGACUUGCGCCCCAUGCUUCAGAACUAUCUCGCGUGCUCCAAGAACGAGUCGGAGCGCCUCGACUUCUACUCGCUGAACGCCUAUGAAUGGUGCGGCCAAUCCAGCUAUGACGUCUCGGGCUACGACAUGCUGCAGAAGAACGCGACGGACUACCCCAUUCCUAUCUUCUUUUCCGAGACCGGCUGCAACACCCCGGCUCCUCGUACCUUCGACGACCAGGCCUCUAUCUUUGGCUCCAGAAUGUCCGGCACUUGGUCGGGUGCCAUCAUCUACGAGUGGAUUGAGGAAGUCAACGACUACGGCUUGAUCAGCUAUGGUCCCUCGGUGACGGGUGCCACCAACACCAUUGUUGUGGAUGGCUACACUCGCAAGGGUACCCCGACCCCGGUGUCACCGGAUUUUGACAACCUCAAGUCCCAAUGGGCUACCCUGAACCCGACGGGAGUUGCCCUUUCCAACUACAAGAAAGAGACUGCCAGCAUUGUGGCCCCGGAGUGCCCUGCCUCGACCUCUGGCGGCUGGGCAGUUGACCCAAGCUCGCCUCUGCCAACCCUGGGACAGACCUACACGACGGGGUCCUCGACCACUGGUGCGAAGGCGUCAGGCACGGACUCUACUGCCUCUGGUGCCAGUGCCAGCUCUACCUCCACCAAGAACGCCGCCGGCGCCGUAAUGAUGCAUGGUAGCACGGCCUCCGGGCAGCUGCUGACGAUUUCCAUGCUGCUCUCCGUGGGCGCGGGAGCCUUGGCCUUCUGGCUGUGA